AUGGCAGUCAAUAUUUCGUUAAAGAGAAAUCAAACAAACGGACAAGCUGAUCUGAAAGAUGUACUGUGAGAGCAAAUUAAUUUGAUAUUUAAAGAGCAUGAUUUUCCACAAAUGAAAUUAGUUCAAAGUGAAAAUAAAUUAAUUCCAGAUUAUUCAAGCCUAGCAGAAACAGUUUUGUCUUUAUUUAAUUAUGUAUCCUCAAACGAGAAAAGUUAUCGAACAAAAAUAUACUGCGCCUAAUUAAAUUCAAUAAUAGUUGUUGUUCCUUAUUUAUAAUUAAACUUCAUUUUGGUUAUUUAAUUAUAAUUCAUUAACAAUUAAUAUAGAAAAAAUGAAAAAUGCGCUAGAAACAUCUCAAGAAGCUUUAAAUAAGUUGAAUGAAAAAUACCAGGAACUAAAACUUAAAUUAAAGAAGAGAAAUCAAAAAAUCGAAGAUUUAAUAGAAAAGCUUACUAAGUUUAAUGAUCUUGAUAAUAUUCUUAAAGCUAUACACACAAAUGCAAAGAAUAAAUCAAGAGAAAUUUUCAAGCAAGUCAUGCACCGAGAAUAUGAUCCUGAUCUAGAAGCUGAUUUGCAGGUUAUGUCAGUUAUUUUACUUUAUGAGCAUUCUAAAAUUAGCACAGGAAAUUCAUAUCAGAAAUCAAGCACUGAAGAAGAAGAAAAAUCGAGUGAAUCUUCAACCGAUAACUCUAUAUUGCCGCUGGCUAUAUGCUAUUUGAUCAAAAUGCUUUCAGUGUAGCAGUUGCACGAGAAAAAUUUGAUAAAAUUAUUAUUUUUAGGAAAGCGCCAUAUUAUAAAAUUCGAUCAAAUUUCUUGAAGCAUUUUAGUACUUUCAAAACUUUCCGAUCAAAAGCAUGCACCUUCUGCCGCUCAUUCUCAAUAAGCUCGAAGUAAAAUCUCCAAGCCAAGCCCUUGAAGUAAUUCAAAAAAUGCAGCAAGUAAUUUUGAUUAUCCCUAAUAUAGAAUCAUUUAUCAGCUCAAUCUAUAAAGUCCUAUUCACUCCAGAGCCAGCUGCUGAUAUAAGUAUCAAUAUGGAACAGAUUUUGCCUACAAUUAUCAGUAUGAAAAUAAAACUAAUUUCUUUGGAAAGAUUUAGAAGAUCUAUAUGUGAAAAUUUUGAACUUGAUGUGAAUAAUCCUGACGAAGUUGUUGUAAGGUAUAAUUAGAUACACAAGUCAGAAGCUUUAAAUCAUUUUAACAGGCUAUUUAAGACAGCUGGCAAUGAGUCUAGAACUGUGGAAGAAGUUUUCAUAUUUGUCCAUGAAAUGAAAAAAUUUUUGAAGGUAAGUUUUAUAUAGAUUGCAAGAGAAAUUUUAAAUUUGGGCGAUCAAAUUGCUGUAGGUAGUGUGCUUGAGAAAAUCAUAAAGGUUUUAAGUUCAAAGAGUAUUUAA